GGCUGGACCAGCAGAAGCCGGGUCAAGCCCGUGGCCUCCGAAAAGUCCUCAGUCAGCUUCUCGGCCUCGCCCAAAGGUGCGGCCGCCUUGCAGCGCCCCAGGCCGCCGCGAUGCCGUUCCUGCACGGCUUCCGGAGGAUCAUCUUCGAGUACCAGCCGCUGGUGGAUGCGAUUCUGGGUUCCCUGGGGAUCCAGGACCCCGAGCGGCAGGAGCCCCUGGACGGGCCCAGUUAUGUUGCCAGUGAGGAGAGCCGAAUCCUUGUUCUCACUGAGCUGCUGGAGAGAAAGGCCCACUCUCCAUUUUACCAGGAAGGCGUGAGCAGUGCCUUGCUGAGGAUGGCGGAGCUGGGGCUGACCCGGGCGGCCGCCGUUCUCCUGCGCAGCGGGGCCAGCCUCAACUUCGAAGACCCUGUCACGUACUACACGGCCCUGCAUAUUGCCGUCCUGCGAAACCAGCCGGACAUGGUGGAGCUGCUGGUGCGCCACGGGGCCGACAUUAACCGGAGGGACCGGAUCCACGAGAGCAGCCCCUUGGACCUGGCCAGUGAGGAGCCCGAGCGCCUGCCCUGCCUGCAGCGCCUCCUGGACCUCGGAGCAGAUGUCAAUGCGGCUGACAAGCAUGGAAAGACCGCUCUGCUCCACGCCUUGGCCAGCAGCGACGGUGUGCAGAUCUACAACACUGAGAACAUCCGGCUCCUGCUGGAAGGAGGGGCAGAUGUCAAGGCCACCACCAAAGAUGGGGACACGGUGUUCACCUGCAUCAUCUUCCUGCUUGGGGAGACCGUGGGAGGGGACAAAGAGGAGGCCCAGAUGAUCAGCCGCUUCUGCUUCCAAGUCACGCAGCUGCUGCUGGCGCAUGGGGCCGACCCCAGCGAGUGCCCGGCCCACGAGUCCCUCACACACAUCUGCCUCAAGGGCUUCAAACUGCACUUCCCGCUCCUGCGCUUCUUGCUGGAGUCCGGAGUUGCCUAUAACUGUUCGCUGCACGGGGCGUCCUGCUGGUCCGGCUUCCACAUCAUCUUUGAGAGGCUCUGCUCCCACCCAGGCUGUGCCGAAGACGAGAGCCACGUAGACCUCCUGCGCAAAGCCGAGACCGUCCUGGAUCUCAUGGUGACUAAUUCCCAGAAACUUCAGCUGCCUGAAAACUUCGAUAUCCAUCCUGUGGGUAGCCUGGCGGAAAAGAUCCAGGCCCUUCACUUCUCCUUGAGGCAGCUGGAGAGCUUCCCUCCGUCCCUCAAGCACCUGUGUCGCGUCUGCAUCCGGCUCUGUCUUCAGCCCUGGCCCGUGGAUGUGAAGAUCAAAGCCCUGCCUCUGCCCGACAGGCUAAAGUGGUACCUCCUUAGUGAGCACAGCGGUACCAUUGACGAGGACAUCUGACCACCCCCAGACCGAGGGGAGCAGGGUCUGGGCAGCUCAGCCACUGGCGGAUUUUGGCACCUGCGGCAGCCUUAGGGGAGAACCGUCUGGCCUUCCAUCGGAAGGUGGAGGUUGGGAGAUGAAACUUGAUCCUUACUGUGUACCAGGAAAGCCAGGUGGAGCCCCUCAGCCGCAGUCAUUGCGGUGGGAAAGGGCCCUGUUUCUCCAGGGCGACCGCUCCCCUUCUGUUAGGCAGAACCCCCAAGUCUCAACCAUGCUGGGAAAAGGGACCGGGUUUAGACUUGGGACAAGUGUACACCCUGUUCUUCUGCGGGGAGCAUCGGGCAGGGUAGCUCUCGGUCCUCUGAGAGCCGCAGGAAGCUGGUCUGUCUCGCAUGGGGCCCCGCUGAAGCCGGGAGGAUGUGUGCUGGGCCUGUGGGGGCACAACCCCGGUGAGGCCCAUCACUCCCGUCUCUCCCCGCGUUAGAUUCUUAGGUCACUCGGAGCAGUGCUCUCGCUGGGAUAGGGAGAAGACUGAGCUGACCCUGCUGCCUUUGGCCGCUCUGGGGCCAGGUUACCCAUGGCCCGGCCCAAGGCACGGGACUGGAAGCUCUGUCUGUGCCAAACCUGGGAUCUCAGGGGACGUGCCUUCUGCUGAAAAGCAAUCCUGUGUGACCAGGGACAGUCCUUUCCAAAAUGUCUUGUGAGGCGUUCAACUGAUGAUCAAAGCUACUAAUGCUGCAGGCGGACUGUGCGGUCCACGCCACACCCUCACGAAGCCAGUUCCCAGUCACGUGGGUCCUUGUGAAUUGUGUGGAUGCUGGGGAGGCAAGCUGAGGCAACUAAAGGAUACGUUAUACAGUAAAAUCCUGCUCUUGGCCUUCAA